AUGGCGGAACACUUUCGACUGCGAGAAGAGAGAGAAAUCGCUGAGAAAACUCAACAACUCGAGCUUCAGAAGAAGGACAUGAGGCUGGAAGAAAAGGAGAACGAUCUUAUGCGGAAGGUUGGUGAACUGAAGCGUCUCAAGAGUGAGAUCGCGGAAGCUCAGAGGAGGGAGGAAGAACAAGAUCGUGAAGAGGCUUUGCGGAAAUUGGAAGAGGAACACGCUUUGAGCAGCACAGGAAGGAGAAAGGGCUACGUGCCCAAGAGGAUGAACCUAAGCACCGAGGAUGGCUCAUUCGUCAACGAGAGAAAGCACUUGCACGUCGCCGGAAGGAAGAGCAAUUGCGUGAGAAGGAGGAGGCACUUGAGCGACAGCGGAAGGAGGAGGAGGAACGUGCAGCAGAGCAGCGCAGGAAGGAGGAAGAAUUCUUUUCGGAAGGAGGUGGAGGAACGUACCGAUGAGCAUCGCAGGAAGGAAGAAGAAAUAUUCGCCCUAGAGCAUGAACUUAAACACCAACAACGGGUGCUACACAAACGAGAGGAAGCCCUUGCUCGUGAAGAGCUUUUGCAGAAAGAGCCGGAGGAUCGUGAGCAGCGUAGGAAGGAGCAAGAACUGCGUGCCCUCAAGGAUGAACUUAAGCGCAAAGUAUGGAUUCAUCUUCAACAAGAGGAAGCCCUCGAGCGUCUUCGAAAGGAAGAGGAAUUGCGCAAAAAGGAGGAGGCUCUUGAACACGGGCGGAACGAGUUACAGCAACGGGAAGAGGAGCUUGCGCAAGCAGAGGAAGAAGAGGAACGGCGGAGGCGUGAAGACCGUGCACGUACAGAGAAGGAGCAGACAUUACGCCGUCGUCGAGAGGAGGAAGACAAGAGGCGCCUUGAAUCCCACGUGUUAAAGGAAACGGAACUCUAA